CCCAACUUUAGUGGGGUGCCCCCUGUUCCCACCAAUGACGGUGCAGGUAACGGGGCCGCGAGCAGUCCCCCAACUUCAGCUGGUGGCCCCUGUCUUCCGGGCACAGUGCAGGGCUGCCCCAGGCCCAGGCCUCAGAGCCGCGGCAUGGACCCACCGGAGCCGCCCACCCCUGCGCCCCAAGAAGAUGAAGCCAAAUUCGACGCCAACAACAACGAGGAGGAGGAGGAGGAGGAAGAAGGAGAGCAGUUCGAUUUCGACAGCGGAGACGAGGCUCCGGAGGCAGACAGGUGCGCGCCGGGCGCCCCUGUGGCCAGUCCUGAGGGGACAGCCGCCACUGCCAGCUCAGGAGGGGAAGCUGGGACAGGAGCCGACGGGGGCCUGCCGGCGGAGCCGACCAAGCUGGGGGUCCCCGCGAGAGUCAACCCCUACUCCGUCAUCGACAUCACGCCCUUCCAGGAGGAGCAGCCCCCGCCCCCCUCCCCUGAGGCCCAGGAGGAGGGCGCCAGCCCACCGGUGCCCAGCGGGUACUCCGUGCCCGUGCCCUGCGGCUACGCCGUACCCUCCAGCUUGCCCGCCCUCCUGCCCGCCUACUCCAGCCCCGUGGUUGUGCGCGCUGCGUCCCCGGACGAGGAAGAAGCCCCCGAAGCGGCAGACGGCGGCCAGUGUCCUUCUCCGAGCUCGGAGGACCCCGCGGCGAACAGCGAGGACCGGGCCCACGCCGAGGACAGCGCCCUGGCCCGCUGGGUGGCGGACCCGGCCAACACCGCGUGGAUGGAGAACCCGGAGGAAGCCGUCUACGACGACGUGCCGCGGGAGACCUCCGACUCGGAGCCAGGUGAGCUGAUCUACGACGACGUGGAGAACGGGGACGAAGGCGGGGACAGCUCCCUGGAGCGCGGGUGGAGCUCCAGCGAGUUCGAGAGCUACGAGGAGCAGAGCGACCCCGAGUGCAGGAACGGGGUCCCCGGGUCCUUCCUGCGCAGCAGCCACCGGAAGCAGAUGCAGAAGCUGGUGCAGGCCGCCAAGGAGGGCACCAGGGACGGGCUGGAGAGGACCAAGGCUGCGGUGAAGAGGGGCCGCUCCUUCAUCAGGACCAAGUCCUUCGUCUCCCAAGACCGCAGCCCCGGCUGGGAGGACGAGCGGAGCCUGUUCAUCGACGUGGACUGCCGGCACCCGGACGCCGUGCUGACCCCGAUGCCCGACGGCCUGUCCCAGCAGCAGGUGGUGAGGAGAUGCAUCCUGGGCUCCAUCGUCGACAGUGAGAAGAGCUACGUGGACGCCCUCACCAGGAUCCUGGAGCAGUACGAGCGGCCGCUGGCCGAGAUGGAGCCGCGGAUGCUGAGCGACCGCAAGCUGAAGGUGGUGUUCCACCGCCUCAGGGAGGUGCUGCAGUGCCACCGCCUGUUCCAGAUGGCGCUGGCGAGCCGCGUGGCCGAGUGGGACGACGUGGAGACCAUCGGCGACGUCUUCGUGGCUUCGUUCUCCAAGUCCCUGGUGUUGGACGCCUACAGCGAGUACGUGAACAACCUCAGCGCCGCCGUGGCCGUCCUCAGGAGGACCUGCGCCGCGAAGCCCGCCUUCCUGGGGUUUCUGAAGCAGGCCCAGGAGUCCAGCCCGGACCGCGUCACACUCUACAGCCUGAUGACCAGGCCCAUCCAGAGGUUCCCGCAGUUCAUCCUGCUGCUCCAGGACAUGCUGAAGAACACGUGCCCGGGGCACCCGGACCGGCUGCCCCUGCAGAUGGCGCUGACGGAGCUGGAGACGCUGGCGGAGAAGCUGAACGAGAGGAAGCGGGAGGCGGACCAGCGCUGCGAGGUCAAGCAGAUCGCGAAGGCCGUCAACGAGAGAUACCUGAACAAGCUCCUCAGCAGCGGGAACCGGUACCUCAUCCGGUCGGACGACGUGAUCGAGACCGUGUACAACGACCGCGGGGAGAUCACCAAAACCAAGGAGCGCCGGCUGCUCAUGCUGAACGACGUGCUGAUGUGCGUCUCGGCCGGCGCCCGCACCUCGCACGACGGCCACACUCUCCUCUCGGCCGGCCAGAGGCACCUGCUGAAGUGGAGCGUGCCCCUGGGACACGCGGCCGUCGUGGAGUACGGCAGCCCGGAGGGCCCGGCUGAGCACCCGCCCGAGAGCCUGGCCGUGGUGGCCACCGCGAAGCCACACAAGGUCCACGCGGGGCCGGGGCAGCUGUACCAGGACCUGCAGAACCUGCUGCACGACCUCAACGUGGUCGGCCAGAUCGCCCAGCUCGUCGGGGACCUCAAGGGGCAGUACCAGAACCUGAACCAGGCCGUGGUCCACGACUGGACGGCCGGGCUGCAGCGGCUCGUCCUGCAGAAGGAGGAGGAGAUCCGUGCGGCCGACUGCUGCCGGCUGCAGCUGCAGCUGCCGGGCAAGCAGGACAAGUCCGGGAGGCCCACCUUCUUCACCGCCGUGUUCAGCACCUUCACACCGGCCGCCAAGGAGUCGUGGCUGAGCAGCCUGCAGCUGGCCAAGCUGGCCCUCGAGGAGGACAACCACAUGGGCUGGUUCUGCGUGGAGGACGAUGGGAACCAGAUUAAGAAGGAGAGACACCCCCUCCUCGUGGGACACGUGCCCGUGACGGUGGCCAAGCAGCAGGAGUUCAAGAUCGAAUGUGCCGCCUAUAACCCCGAGCCCCUCCCGGGCCGGGGGGCCCGGCCGGACCCGACAGCCGCCGCCCAGGGCUCCCUGUGGGUGGGGAGCUGCGCCGGUCAGAUGGGCCAGAUCGCCGUCGUCUCGCUGCACAGCUCCAGCCCCAGAGUCACCGAGUGCUUCAACGUGGAGUCGCGCGUCCUGUGCAUGGUGCACGUCCCUGCACCGUGGAGCCCGGAGCCCAGCCCCGCGGCGGAGCCGGGGAGCCCCACCGGGAGCGGGAGCGUGCUGGGCGUCCCCACCGUCUGCCUGGGGACCGAGGAGGGAAGCAUCUCCGUCUACAAGAGCAGCCCCGGCGCCAAGAAGGUGCGGCUGCAGCACUUCCUCGCCCCCGACAAGGCCGCGGUCCUGAGCCUGGCCUGCACGCCGCGUCGCCUGUACGCCGGCCUGGUCGACGGGGCCAUGGCCAUCUAUGCCAAGGCACCAGACGGGUCCUGGGAGCCCGAGCCGCAGGAAGUGGUGAGGCUGGGCGUGCUGCCGGUCCGGAGCCUGCUGACCACGGAGGACGCCCUGUGGGCCGCGUCCGGGGGCCGGGUUUCCAUCGUGGGUGCGGAGACGCACACCGUGGAGGGUCAGCUGGAGGCUCACCAGGAGGAGGGCAUGGUGGUCUCGCACAUGGCCAUCGCUGGCGUGGGGAUCUGGGUCGCCUUCACCUCGGGGUCCACGCUGCGUCUGUUUCACACGGAGACCCUGGAGCACCUGCAGGACAUCAACAUAGCCACCCCCGUCCACCACAUGUUGCCAGGGCACCAGCGGCUGUCUGCGACCAGCCUGCUCGUCUGCCACGGCUUGCUGAUGGUCGGCACCAGCCUGGGGCUCGUGGUGGCCCUGCCCGUCCCUCGUCUGCAGGGCAUCCCCAAGGUGACAGGGAGGGGCAUGGUGUCCUACCACGCGCACAACGGGCCCGUCAAGUUCCUGGUCGCGGCCACCGCUGCCCCCGCCGUGGCAGACAAGGACAAGCCCGGGGACAGCCCGCCCCCCGGCGCGGACCCCCAGGAUGAGGACCGGAAGGAAGCGCCCCCCAGCGAGGGGGCCAGGCCCUGCCAGAGCCCGGGCAGCCCGGACGCCGUGUGGCUGGGGGCUUCGCCGGGCUGCGCGAUACACGGCGCUGAGCUGUGCCCGUCCUCCGGGUCCCUGGAGCCCAGGCCCGAGGACGGCGUCGUCUGUGACCUCCUGCGGCACCCCAGCACCAGGCCGGGCCCCGGGCGGCGGGCCAGGACAGCGAGGGCCAGCUCGGUGCUGGUGGCGUGCGGGGGCCAGGGCCACCGGCGGGUGGGCAGGAGGGCCCGGCAGCCGCGGCCAGAGGAGCUGGCCUCCUCCCUCAUGGUGUGGCAGAUCCCCCUGCUCCAUGUGUGAGGCCAGGCACCGGCCACGGCCGCGCCAUCCAGGGACCGCUCCGCACGGGCUCCUGGGAAGAUAGGUGCAGUGUUGCCGUGAUGAUGGCGUCCUCUGUCCGCGUGUCCUUCUCCCCGUGCGGAGCACCGGGCGAGGCUCCUCGAGGGGGCGGAGACGGCGAUGCCCGAGCUGCCGGGGGCCUGGCCGCUGCAGCCCUGCCCCGGCCCGGCGCUCAGGGGGUCUGCAGCCACGGGCGUGUGGGGCACCAGAGCACGGUCAGCCCUGUAGGGGUCUGUCAACGGCCCUCAACACGCCUUCCUGACGCGGGUCCCCUGCGCGUGGUAUUUAUACCGUGCGCCCUCGGUUCCAGAGCAGCAUUCGCAACGGUGAAGGAAGCCGGGUAAUGGGGCCGUUGGCGGGUGUUACGGGCUGCCUGACAUGAGCUGGGUUUCCCAAAGCGACACAGUGCACACGUUGUGUAUUUUAACAAAGUAGUAUUUUUAUACUGCGUUUUCUCUAUUAAAAAUUAACAGAUAAUAUUU